AUGAACGUGUUUAUUGUCAUUGUGCUGCUAAUUCAGCUGCUUCUCAAGGACCAAAUUUCGGCACAAAGUGCCAGCGACUUGGCCGCCUACCGGAAGAUGCAGGACGAUUGCGCCAAGGAGUUAAAAGUUAGCGCCGACGAAGUCAAGCAGUUAAACAGCGACAAGGGUAGUCCCAGUGAGGCGCUAAAGUGCUAUCAAAGCUGUCUGUACAAGAAAAUGGGUCUGCUGUCGGCCGACGGAAAGCGCAAUGAUGAGGCCAUACUGAAGUACGCCCAGAUGCGCUUCAUCGGAACUCCUGUUGACAAGCUUAAGGCACAACUAACCCAGUGCGCAGCCACCAAGGGCGACACAGAAUGCGACAUGGUGUGGAGUUUUGAGCAGUGCAUGCAGAAGGGCUUGAAGGCCUAG